GCAAUUAUGCAUUCUUGUUGAAAGUAAACAUCUGCCGUCCCGCGUGAUGUAUCGCGCGUAAAGUUCGCGCGCGUGGGUCCUGUGAGUUUCCAGCGGAAAGUUUACAGUCUUACGUAAUAUCUAUUUUAAUGUUGCGAUUUUCUUCUUUUGAUAGAUGUAAAUGAGUGAAUUAGUUACUGAUAUUCAAAUAAGAGUUCUUAUCCAUCAUAGCAUUCGUUACUAAUUACUUGCUCACAUCCAUCAAAAGAGGAAAAUUCUAUGCAUUCCAGUAUACUGUACAUUCGAUCAAAUUCAAGAUGGCGGCUGGCAGUGCAAGUUUAAAUUUAGCUUCUAGUCUUAUCGAUUAUUUUCCAAAAAUUAUACUAUUUGGUGACUCCUUAACACAGUUUUCCUUUUCACCUGGUGGAUUUGGUUCUGCUGUUGCAGAUCAUUUUCAGAGGAAAUGUGAUGUGAUAAAUCGUGGUUUUAGUGGUUAUACGACACGAGCUAACAAACUGAUCUUACCCAGACUACUGUCGAAUGAUAACAAUCCUAAAGGUAGUAUCGUUGCUGCUGCAAUAUUACUUGGAAGCAAUGAUUGUGAAGAUGCCGGCAUUGAAAACUCAAGACAUGUUCCGGUUGAUGAGUACAAGGAAAACCUGAAGAAUAUUUGUGGUCAGUUCAAAAAUGUUGGAGUGGCAUUUGAUCGUCAAGUUCUAAUAACACCUCCAGUUAUGGAUGAAGAAGCUUGGACAAAACAUUGUAAACUCAAAGGGUACACAAUGGCACUGAAGAACAGUACUAUGGAACUAUAUGCCAAAGCAUGUCUAGAGAUAGGAUCUGAACUAGGAGUUGAAGUUCUUGAUUUGUGGACUGAAACACAAAAAGUUGAAAAUUGGAAAAAACUUUUAUUAGAUGGUCUACAUCUUUCAGUUGAGGGCAACAGAUUUGUCUCGCAAGCAUUGAUACCAAUUCUAGAUCGUAAAUUGUCGGAUUUGACCAUAGUUUUUCCAGACUGGCAUGAGGUGUUUGGUGAUGUGAAAAAUCUAAGAGAAUACUUGGAAAAUUCAAGUUACAUACCAGACACUGAGACACCUGGAUCUCUGGUAGUAUUAACUGCAAGCAGUCGUACAGCGGGUUCGCCCAUUGCUGUAAUAAUUAUCAUCUAGCGCCGUUUUUCGUUGAAUACAC